AUGCAGAUAUGGUGGAAUGAAGCGAUUGCGAAAACUAUGAACCUACCGAAAGGCUAUGAGAAAGUCUCAGUGUUGUUAUUGAAAUGGUCUGAUCACAUCGAAGAGCUGGUAACUCGUAAUGAGAUCACUAUGGCUGAAGACUGCUUUCGCAACCAGUUUCAUUACCAUGUUGAGAUUCUCGAGCUUGGUGUUAGGGCCAAGCCUCAAUUGCAGCUCAGGUCUGGUGUGUCUAGCUUCGUCGAGGCACAUGAUGGACCUAAUAACCUUCUUAUCGUGUACUAUGUUGGCCAAGGGACAUUCAAUGAACGCUACCAUCGACUUGAGCUGGUCGCAAGUACUCAGGCCAAUCCACGUGGGUUAUGGAAAGAUGCGCAUGCGAGUUGGAACCCGGUAGAAGAUAUGUUGAGGUCAGACGAAACGGAAGCUGAUGUCCUAACGAUUCUGGAUUCUACUAAAGGAGGCAAUCCGACAUCGAAGAAGGUUGAACUCAUGGGCACACUAUUCCCAGACGAGUCUGUUUCAGCGCCUGCAGACACACUUUUCACUCGAUCUUUGGUGGAUAGCUUGAUUCAACUGUCGAAAGAGUACGGCACUCGACCUUUCUCAACAUGGCAUUUGGCCCAGCGACUAUGCGACGACCCGCGUAGAAACGAUGUACCAACACAGCUCUGGUCGCGACUACCGAAUGAGCAACACAUCUUACUCGCCCCGAUGUCAGUAGUGACCGAGCCGAGGCGCUUAAUGGCAAAAGCUCCAAGAGGCUACCUAAACUUGAGGAUCGGUCUGCGGGAUGGAAAUUUAUCGGAGGGGCAGAUCAGGUCCCUGACUCAAGGACUGUCAGAUCUAGCGCGUCAAAGAGAAAGUAUCGGGGUUCGAAAGAUCGACUGGCUUGGUUUCACACCAGCCCGAAUCUCGUACUUCGAGAGAGCAAGUUUAGCCAUACACGCUAUAAACAGGUGGAGAGCCUUCGUCCAGAAGAAGCGCGAUCAGAGAUUGGCCCAAGCAGGAAUCGAGACGCCUGAGAAGACUGCAUAG